AUGAACAUGGCCAAGGCAGCCAGCGUUGGUGCUAAGAACGGCGUUGUUGCUGUCGCCGAUCAGCAGAAAGAAGGCCCCAAGAUGAACUGCAGUAGCUACGCCUUCCAGAUGCCGUUGCACUACCCGCGGUACAAGAAGGCGGACUACGAGAGCAUGCCGGAGUGGCGCGUCGACUGCCUGCUCCGCGAGUACGGCCUCCCCGUCGACGGCGACCUCGACAGCAAGAGAAAGUUCGCCAUGGGCGCCUUCCUCUGGCCCGGCCAGUACUGA